AUGGCGCAAGUUUCAGAUUCUCAAAGCCGAAACUCAAGUGGCGGUGGUGACUUGUUGGUGGCAACUGAUGGUAACUGGCUGCCACUUGCACAAGCGUGGCGCCGUCUCGCCCUCGCCCUCCUCAUCCCGCCCCCCCUUCCUUCGCCUGGGCGUUUCUGCUUGUUUCCCCCUCCCCUCCCUCGCUUCAGCCUUCGAGUGCCGUCGAUGCGGGACUGCGAGUCGAGACUACGGAGUACGUGUCGGGACUACGGAUACCCGGCUUUGUUUCUUUCCACCAACAUUGGACUCACGGAGUACCUGCUGACCAGUGCUCCCAGACUCCGCGACCGCAUGGGACUCGUCCGGCCCUUGUCUCUUUGUCUUGUUCUGACUACCCCCGCCGGAUGUCGCCAGGAGCUUUCCCCUAAAGCAGCCUUGCUUGCGUUCUGUAUCCCCGACUCCUGA